AUGUUGCAGAGGUCACCCGCGAGUUACCUAGACAAGGACCCCGGGGUCUCCCGCCACGGGCCUCCCUUUCUCCCACCAGCUCUUUUUACCCUUCCCCCCUCCCAUCGCCCUGCUUCCCCCCUCCCAUCGCCCUGCUUCCCCCUCCCUCCUCCCUGCUUUCCCCCUCCCUCCGCCCUGCUUCCCCCCUCCCUAUGCCCUGCUUCACCCCUCCCUCCGCCCUGCUUCCCCACUCACUCCGCCCUGCUUCCCCCCUCCCUCCGCCCUGCUUCCGCCCUCCCUCCGCCCUGCUUCCCCCCUCCAUAUGCCCUGCUUCCCCGCUCCCUAUGCCCUGCUUCCCCCCUUCCCUAUGCCCUGCUUCCCCCCUCCCUAUGCCCUGCUUCCCCCCACCAUCAGAGAGGUGAGCGCCACACACCAGGUGAGCCUUCACCUUCUUUAUAUGCCCCUCCUCUCCCUCGAUCUCACCCUCUUUCCUGUCCCUCCCAUGUACCCCUCCUCUCUCGUGCAUGCCCUGCUUCCCUCCUCCCUAUGCCCUGCUUCCCUCCUCCCUAUGCCCUGCUUCCCCCCUCCCUAUGCCCUGCUUCCCUCCUCCCUAUGCCCUGCUUCCCCCCUCCCUCCGCCCUGCUUCCCCCCUCCCUAUGCCCUGCUUCCCCCCUCCCUAUGCCCUGCUUCCCCCCUCCCUAUGCCCUGCUUCACCCCUCCCUCCGCCCUGCUUCCCCACUCACUCCGCCCUGCUUCCCCCCUCCCUCCGCCCUGCUUCCCCCCUCCCUAUGCCCUGCUUCCCCCCUCCCUAUGCCCCGCUUCCCCCCUCCCUCCGCCCUGCUUCCCCCCUCCCUAUGCCCUGCUUCCCCCCUCCCUAUGCCCUGCUUCCCCCCUCCCUAUGGGGAUUCGAUAAAGGUGUGUUUGGGGGAAGGGAUUGAUGGGCCGUUAGGGUAUGAGAUGAGGGGAUCGAUGGGUCAGAGGGAAAGUGAGAGGGAUAUGAUUGCUGAAGGGCCUGCCAGAUCCCUGGAGCAAGCAAUUGCCGAUGCAUUUGCAGUGCUGCCAUUUUCCCGCCAAAUUUCGUUCCCUACUGGUGCAUCCCCUUGUAUCUCCCCCUACUCCCUCCCUACGUGCCCUCCUUACUCUCCCUCUCCAUAG